AUCUUAUACACAGAAAACCCUAAGGAAUCCUCCAGAAAACUACUGAAACUAAUAGAAGAGCUCAGCAGAGUAUCAUGAUACAAGAUGAACAUACAAAAAUCAGUUGGAUUCCUCUACACCAACAAAAAGAACAUUGAAGAAGAAAUCACCAAAUCAAUGCCAUUUACAGUAGCCCCCAAGAAGAUAAAAUAUUUAGGAAUAAAUCUUACCAGAGAUGUAAAAGACUUAUACAAAGAAAAUUAUAGUACACUUCUGCAAGAAACCAAAAUGGACUUACAUAAGUGGAAAAGCAUACCUUGCUCAUGGAUGGGAAGACUUAACAUUAUAAAAAUGUCUCUUCUACCAAAAGCGAUCUAUACAUUUAAUGCAAUUCCGAUCCAGAUGUCAACGACAUUCUUUAAAGAGAUGGAGAAACAAAUCAUCAGCUUCAUAUGGAAAGGAAAGAGGCCCCAGAUAAAUAAGGCAUUACUGAAAAAGAAGAACCAAGUGGGAGGCCUUACUUUACCUGAUUUUAGAACCUGUUAUACCGCCACAGUAGUCAAAAUACCCUGGUACUGGUACAACAGAUACAUAGACCAAUGGAACAGAAUUGAGAAUCCAGACAUAAAUCCAUCCGCAUAUGAGCAGUUGAUAUUUGACAAAGGCCCCAAAACAGUUAAAUGGGGAAAAGACAGCCUUUUUAACAAAUGGUGCUGGCAUAACUGGAUAUCCAUGUGCAAAAUAAUGAAACAAGACCCAUACCUCACUCCAUGCACAAAAACUAACUGAAAAUGGAUCAAAGACCUAAAUACAAAAUCUAAAAUGAUAAAGAUCAUGGAAGAAAAAAUAGGGACAAUGCUAGGAGCCCUAAUACAUGGCAUAAACAGUAUACAAGACAUUGUUAAGAAUGCAGAAGAAAAACUAGAUAACUGGAAGCUCCUAAAAACCAAACACCUGUGCUUAUCCAAAGACUUCACCAAAAGGGUAAAAAGACUACCUACAGACUGGGAAAAAGUUUUUAGCUAUGACAUUUCCAGACAGUGCCCGGUCUCUAAAAUCUACAUGAUACUGCAAAAACUCAAUUAAGACAAAUAACCCAAUUAAAAAAUGGGCAAAAGAUAUGAAUAGACACUUCACUAAAGACAUUCAGGUAGCUAACAGAUACAUGAGGAAAUGUUCACGAUCAUCAGCCAUUAGAGAAACGCAGAUCAAAACUACAAUGAGAUUUCAUCUCACUCCAACAAGGCUGGCAUUAAUCCAAAAAACACAAAAGAUUAAAUGUUGGAGAGGCUGUGGAGAGAUUGGAACACUUCUACACUGCUGGUGGGAAUGUCAAAUGGUACAACACUUUGGAAAUCGAUUUGGCGCUUCCUUAAAAAGUUAGAAAUAGAACUACCAUACGAUCCAGCAAUCCCACUCCUCGGAAUAUAUCCUAGAGAAAUAAGAGCCUUUACACGAACAGAUAUAUGCACACCCAUGUUUAUUGCAGCACUGUUUACAGUAGCAAAAAGAUGGAAGCAACGAAGGUGCCCAUCAACAGAUGAAUGGGUAAAUAAAUGAAGGUAUAUUCACACGCUGGAAUACUACACAUCAGUAAAGAACAGUGAGGAAUCUUUGAAACAUUUCAUAACAUGGAGGAACCUGAAGGCAUUACGCUGAGUGAAAUUAGUCAGUUCCGAAAGGACAGAUAAGACCACUAUUAUAAGAAUUUGAGAAAUAGUUUAAACUGAGAAGAACACAUUUUUUUGUGGUUACAAGAGGGGGGAGGGAGGGAGGAUGGGAGAGGGGUAUUCACUAAUUAUAUAGUAGAUACGAACUACUUUAGGUGAAGGGAAAGACAACACACAAUUCAGGCGAGGUCAGCACAACUGGACUAAACCAAAAGCAAAGAAGUUUUCUGAAUGAACUGAAUGCUUCGAAGGCCAGUGUAGCAGGGGCAGGGGUUUGGGGACCAUAGUUUCAGGGGACAUCUAAGUCAAUUGGCAUAAUAAAAUCUAUUAACAAAACAUUCUGCAUCCCACUUUGAAGAGUGGCAUCUGGGGUCUUCAACACUAGGAAGCAGCCAUCUAAGAUGCAUCAAUUGGUCUCAAUCCACCUGGAUUAAAGGAGAAUGAAGAACACCAAGGACACAAGGCAAUUAUGAGGCCAAGAGACAGAAAGGGCCACGUGAACCAGAGACUACAUCUUGAGACCAGAAGAACUAGAUGGUGCCCAGCUACAGCUGAUGACUGCCCUGACAGGGAACACAACAGAGAACCCCUGAGGGAGCAGGAGAGCAGUGGGAUGCAGACCCCAAAUUCUCAUAAAAAGACCAGACUUAAUGGUCUGACUGAGACUAGAAGGACCCCGGUGGUCAUGGCCCCCAGACCUUCUGUUGGCCCAGGAUAGGAACCAUUCCCGAAGCCAACUCUUCAGACAUGGAUUGGACUGGACAGUGGAUUGGAGAGGCAUGCUGUCUGAUCUUGUGGAUCAAAGUAUAUUUAAUUUUAUCCCAGAGGGGGAACAUUCAGAGGUUUAUAAAAUACUGUCUACCCAUCUGCUGGAAAGUGAUUCAUUAACCCCGGAGUAUUUAAAAUCAAAAAAUCAGUUAGAAUUCUGUUGUCAUAUGCUUCGAGGAACGAUAGACCCAAAGGAACCAUCAACCUAUGAAUAUGUGAAAUUUAUAGGAAAUUUCAAAUCUUUAAACAGUGUGUCUACUUCAGCACACAAUGGUUUCGAAGGAACUAUACAACGCACACACAGGCCUACUUACGAAGAUAGGGUAUGUUUUGUAGCUACUGUCAGGUUAGCUACACCUCAGUUCAUUAAGGAAAUGUGCACUGUUGAAGAACCUAAUGAAGAGUUUACUUCUAGACAUAGUUUAGAAUGGAAAUUUCUAUUUCUAGAUCACAGGGCACCACCCAUAAUAGGAUAUUUGCCAUUUGAAGUUCUGGGAACAUCAGGCUAUGAUUACUAUCAUGUGGAUGACCUAGAAAAUUUGGCAAAAUGUCAUGAGCACUUAAUGCAAUAUGGGAAAGGCAAAUCAUGUUAUUAUAGGUUCCUGACCAAAGGGCAACAGUGGAUUUGGCUUCAAACUCAUUAUUAUAUCACUUAUCAUCAGUGGAAUUCAAGGCCAGAGUUCAUUGUUUGUACUCACACUGUAGUAAGUUAUGCAGAAGUUAGGGCUGAAAGACGGCGAGAACUUGGCAUCGAAGAAUCUCUUCCUGAGACAGCUGCUGACAAAAGCCAAGAUUCUGGGUCUGAUAAUCGUAUAAACACAGUCAGUCUCAAGGAAGCAUUGGAAAGGUUUGAUCACAGCCCAACCCCUUCUGCUUCCUCCAGGAGUUCAAGAAAAUCAUCUCACACAGCAGUUUCUGACCCUUCCUCAACACCAACAAAGAUCCAAACAGAUACGAGCACUCCUCCCAGACAGCACUUAACAGCUCAUGAGAAGAUGGCACAAAGGAGGUCAUCAUUUAGUAGUCAGUCCAUAAAUUCCCAGUGUGUUGGUCAGUCAUUAACACAGCCAGUGAUGUCUCAAGCUGCAAAUUUACCAGUUCCACAAGGCAUGUCCCAGUUUCAGUUUUCAGCUCAGUUAGGAGCCAUGCAGCAUCUGAAAGACCAACUGGAGCAACGAACCCGGAUGAUAGAGGCAAAUAUCCAUCGACAACAGGAAGAACUAAGAAAAAUUCAAGAACAACUUCAGAUGGUUCAUGGCCAGGGGCUGCAGAUGUUUUUACAACAGUCUGCCCCUGGAUUGAAUUUUGGCUCUGUUCAACUUUCUUCUGGAAAUUCAUCUAACAUCCAGCAACUCGCACCUAUAAAUAUGCAAGGUCAGGUUGUUCCUACUAACCAGAUACAAAGUGGACUGAAUACUGGACAUAUUGGUACAACUCAGCACAUGAUACAACAGCAGGCUUUACAAAGUACAUCUACUCAGCAAAGUCAACAAAAUGUACUGAGUGGGCGCAAUCAGCAAACACCUGUCCCCAGUCAGACACAGAGCGCUCUCACAGCCCCCCUGUAUAACACUAUGGUGAUUUCUCAGCCGGCAGCAGGGAGCGUCGUCCAGAUCCCAUCUAGUGUGCCACAGAACAGUACUCAGAGCGCUGCGGCAACUACUUUCACUCAGGACAGACAGAUAAGAUUUUCUCAAGGUCAGCAACUUGUGACCAAAUUAGUGACUGCUCCUGUAGCUUGUGGGGCAGUCAUGGUACCCAGCACUAUGCUUAUGGGUCAGGUGGUGACUGCCUAUCCUACGUUUGCCACACAGCAGCAACAGUCACAGACACUGUCAGUGACACAGCAGCAGCCACAACAGCAGAGCUCCCAGGAGCAGCAGCUUACUUCAGUUCAGCAGCCAUCUCAGACUCAGCUGACCCAACCACCACAGCAGUUUUUACAGACUUCUAGGUUGCUCCAUGGGAAUCCUUCAACUCAGUUCAUCCUCUCUGCUGCAUUUCCACUACAACAGAGUACUUUCCCUCAGUCCCAUCACCAGCAACACCAGUCUCAGCAACAGCAGCAGCUUAGUCGGCACAGGACUGACAGUUUGACUGAUCCUUCCAAGGUUCAACCACAGUAACACACAUGCCUCCUCUCUGACAUCAAGGGAGGAAGGGUUUGGCCCAUAAAAGUUGCUCAGAUACCUGAGGAUAGGAGGAAAUUUCCAGUGGCUUCAUGAGAUGCAGUAUUAAAUGUUUUAGUUCCUGGAAUUAGUUGGCAGGGAAAAUGCUACCUACUGCUACAGAUGUACAUUAAAUACCAGCCAGCAGGGGAUGAUCAUAGGGAUGUCGCCAGCUCUGACAGUGUUGUAUUGCCCAGAUAUUUUUCGAUGGGAAAGAGUAUAUUGCCAAAUGUUAAGAAGCUCAGCUAUGAAACAUGACCUCCAGUGAAUCAGAAAGGCACUAACAAUGUUAGUAACUUUGAGUGGUUCUGUGCCUGUUAUCAAGUGUUACAGAGGACACACCACUGCCAUGUCAGGGGUUUGCUUACAAUGAUGCCAUGAAGACAGCCCAGUAGACUCAGUAGACACACCUCCCCAGCCCUCUCCCUUUUCAGAUAAUGAUGGAAUAGUAGUCACUUUCAGAAUGUUGUGUGGGUUCAAAUUCUUUAUUGUACAGAUGCUGUAAAAAUACUAUGUAAAUGUCUGGAUAAAGGAGAGAAAGCAAAACAUGUUGUAUGCUGCAUGAAAGCAUUAUCUCUUGUAGGUAUGAAUACAUUUCAUUAGAUUCUGCCACCAUGUGUGAAAUAAUACACCCUCUGUUUUCCCUUUUGUUUACAACAUGAUAGCGUUCUAUUCAGUUUUCCGGGGCACAAGCAGAGACAGACUGCCCAAUAAGCAGGGUACACACGGGCUUACUUGUGCUUACUUACUCAUCUGUAGUGCAGAAUUUCACUGCAUCAAAGAUGUGGUAAAACCCCUGUAAAAUUGUGCACUAGAGAUGAGUGAGUAAGCACAAGUAAGCCCAUGUGUGCCCUGCUUCCUGUAAGCUGGUGUACUGUGCUCACUGGUAAACCCGCCCCGGGCACAAGUCCUCUUUCCUACCUUAGCUGUGAUGUCGCAGUUGGUUCGGUGCGUAAUGAUGUGCUGCUGGGAGUGGAUUUUUUUCAGGUUAAAUUAUUGAUGUAACAGGAUUUUCAAGUUAGUCAGAAAUACCCUCAUUUCAUUAUUUUUCAAUCAUGUAUGUUUGAAAAUAGGAUUUGCACUGCUUUAUUUUAGAUGGUUGGGAAUUUUUGAUCACGUUUUAAUAUAGUUCAUAGUUGAAAAUAUUUGCGUAAAUGGUUUUCAACAGGCCUGAAAGUAAUUUCAAGAAUGUCUAAGUUAUAGGAGUAAAAUUUGCACAGAAAACAUAUUUUAGGCACUUUUUAACAUUCUCAGUGGUGGGAAUUUUAACUUUAGGAUAUGUUGGAAUCUUUUUAUUAUCCUUCACAAUUUCAGUGCUUCUUUUAGUCAGAAAUGAUUCAGGGUUAUUUGAGGGGGAAAAAAAAAAAUCCCAUAGUGCCUUGAUUUUAAUUCAGGUGAUAAUUCACCAUCUUCAACUCACUGUCUGGUUUCAGUAGCAAUUUUGAAAUCUUAGUACAUUUUUAACAGCAUGUGGGUGUCAAUAUUGUUUUUCUCCUAGGUUCCUAUGAAGACUGCUCUGAGUGUUUUGGACUGGAGGUAUGAAUAAUUUAGAAAUAAAAGAUGACAUCCUACUAUCAAAGUUAAAGCUAAAUAGUCAUUUAAGAAUUGCUAAUAAAGAUUUGUGCACUACAAACUUGAUUUUCCUACAAAGAAAAAAAGGGGUAGGAAUUGGCUUUGUUUCCAUCACAGCAUUGGAAUGUUGUGACUCACAUGCUUUCUGAACAUGAACUAAGAUUUCAUAUGGCAUUUUAUAGAUUUUAUGGUACUGAUAAUAAAAUUCACAUCUACAGAGCAAAGGAAGGUAUCUUAUUAGACUAUAAAAAACUAUUACUGAGGAAAAGGAGAACAACAACCUAUAGUAAAUCAGAAUUACCCUUAAAGGAAAAUAUUUUAAACUACAACAGAGUUGAGGUUGUUAAUAGUUUUGAGCAGUGAAAAUAACCUAAUGCAGAAUUGCUAGAUAAAGGGGUCAGAGAAAUUCUAAAUCAGUUAAGACUUUCCUGUCCUCAGCUUGCUGUCAUCCUUGAGGUAUAUACUUUGUCUUUCUGUAGAAAACUAUACCUGGCCACAUAACGUAGAGCAUUUAUGUUGAAAAGAAAAUGAAACAACCAAAGAAAGCUGGUACCUACCCUUCUAUAAAAGAAGCAUGAGGAUACCAAUCAAAAAUUAAAUACCAAGGAAUU